ACAAACCACUCCAGACCCAAACAUAAACCCACCCUUCCCUUCCCACGGUUACAUGCAUCCACGCCCUUCACAUUUUCCCUUUCCAAUCCAGUGUUUCCCCGAGCUGCGAUUCUCUCAAGCUUUUCGCUCGAUUUCGCGAUGGCAGAGACACCCUUCAGACCAAGAGAGAAGCUCUUCGAGCACCAAAAAUAUUUCCAGAGCAUUCACAAGCACACGUAUGUGAAAGGCCCUUUCGACAAGGUCACUUCAGUUGCCAUUCCUGUAAUGCUGGCUGCUUCUUCUAUUUAUCUCAUUGGACGAGGCAUCUACAAUAUGUCCCAUGGGAUUGGGAAGAAAGAAUGACAAGGCGAUUUGUACCCAAACAAGAGCCCCAUUUGACAGCCCAAAUUUUUAAGAUGAUUCUUGCAUUUUGAUUUGUUUCUUGACGAGAAGUUUCUAGGUUUACCCCUUUUAAAUAAUAGAUACUUGCAGAAAUGUUUCUGCAAGAGAUGAUGUUGAAUCUUGUGCAUUUAAGAUUCAUUUGCUUGUUCUUUUACCUCUUUUGUGUACGUUGGUUGGUGCAAGGUUUAGUUUGGGGACAGAAGAUGUUUUGGGCA